UGUAAUAAACCACAAAUAUCGGCCAUACAUGUAUCUGCAGCCUUGGCAUCCAAUAGGACAAACCAGUAAGGUCGCGGGAGUGGGGGAGGAUUCUUGUGUUUAUUUUCGUCCCGCCACAGAUGGUUUGAGUGGCAGUACUCAAUGAAGAGACACGCAGAAACAGUUGGGGAGGAAGCCACAGACUUUCCAACAUCAAAGAGCGCUGUUUUCAGAGUGAUUUAUUUUAAAAUACUUCUUUCCACAGAGAGUUGAAAGUGUAAGUUCGAAGUUCGCGUGUUAUUCUCAGUUUUAACGUUAAUGUCGCGUCGCUUGGGUCAGUCUUAGGGGACGUUCACACCGAACUAGCCGCUCUGUUCUGUCUUGAGACACCUGUGCUCGUUUUAGCAAAGUACGUGUUCCGUGUAAACGGCCCCUUUGGUCUACAUAGUCGUCAAAUGCCUAUGUACAUUUGGAAAGGAUUAUAGCUGAUGCGAACAACUUAAAAAACGAGUACAGCUAUUGCUGCUUAAACACUGGGAAAACGAUUUGAGGGGGAAACGUCACAUGCCUCAUAAGCUCUCAUAAUGUUCAUGCAUAUGGGUAUUUGUGCUGUGCUGGUCUUUAGCGUCAGACCAGGCGACUUUUUCCCUAACUUCAAAUAUGACUAUAUGGAUGAGGACUUGGCUACCUUCGACUAUUACAAAGGAACGGAUGAAUUUGAUGAGAGGAACAGGACGGAGGAGUGCGACGAGUGUGCGCCGGAGCUGUGUCCGCUCACGCAGGGCUGCAGAGCGGGGCUUGUGAAAGACCGCUGCGGCUGCUGCUCUGAAUGCGCAAAUCUAGAGGGACAAACCUGUGAUCUCGGACAGAGAAGCGUCUACUAUGGACUGUGUGGAGACGGUUUGGAGUGCAAGGUUGACAGGUCGGAUGGAGUCGAAGAAGAGGAGAAAGAUCCUCAGUGUGUAUGUGCGUCUCAGAAAGCUCUGUGUGGGUCAGAUGGAGAGACUUACAGGAAUCUCUGCAAGUUCAAAGAAGAGGCUUUCCUAAAACCUGGACUUAAUGUGAGUGAUGGGCCGUGCAAGACAGUCCCCAUCAUCAAGGUGCCUCCUCAUAAUCUGGUUAACGUCACAGGCAGCAGUAUAGCAUUUCUCUGCGAGGUUUUUGCAUUUCCCAUGGCACUAGUGGAAUGGAGGAAAGAUGGAAAAGAGGUCAUCUUACCUGGCGAUGAUCCCCACAUAUCUGUUCAGUCACGAGGUGGCCCUCAGAAGUAUGAGCUCUCCAGCUGGCUGCAGAUUGAAGAGGCAAGUCAGAUGGAUUCUGGCACAUACAGGUGCAUCGCAAGAAAUGAGCUCGGCCACGUCUCAGCCACUGCAAUUUUAGGGGUGCUGCCACCAGAUGAGAUGGUUGCCUAUUUGGAACAAAACAUGAAUGCAAUGAUGAGCUAUGAACAAUUACAGGACUAUGACAGUGAUUAUUACUAAACUUCAGAUCCAAAAAUAGCCCCAAGACAAACAACAUUUUUUUUUUACUGAUUGAGACUUUGCAAUUUAACACUUGGCAAACUCAGUCAACAACUGCAUACAAGCCAUGGCAGUGGUGGGGAUGAGGCCUGAGUGAAUUCUGUGAAAAUCACAGAAUGAGACGAAUGGAGUAGGGAGUUGGGCAUGAAUGUCUCUUUUGUUUCAUCCCCCUGUGGCCAGUUGGAUAAUAAAACACUCAAAGUGAGAAAGACAUGAAGACUGAAGAGAAAACUUUGAGAGUGUUCCAAGUCUUCUGAAAAGCAUUAUGCUUUGUGCACAAUCCUAUCAGCACUGUUUGGUACUUUCUGUUGUCUCUUUUGUGUUGGGGUUUUGUCCAAGUGGCAACUCAGAUUAAUUUCAAAAUACUUCUUUAUUCUAUUUGAAGAGGAAUGUGUAUCAGCCUCUGAGUUUAUGUAUGUUUCCACAUGUGGCAUCCAUCUUUUACCAGGUUUCCCUUUGAAUGUGUGUGUGUCGGAUUUGGGUUAGCCAGUUGAGCCCACAGCUGGCUUUAAUAUAUCUUUAUGAUCUCCUGUCUUUGGACAUAAAUGCAGGCUAUUCUGUACAUGUGCUCACAAGUUGCACUGAGAGGUCUUCUUUUGAUGAAAAUACAACAAACACCAUCAAGCUGCUUAUUGAUAUAUAAAGCUCUCUAAUUUGAACUCGUCUCAGAGGAGACCUGUAUUUAGCGGGGAGGCUGAGAAUAAUAAUUCAAUUCUCUCUUCAGGCCUGCCCUCUCAUGAUGUUCUUAGGUGUCUUUAACUCAGUAACAGCUAUGUAAUUUUAGGUUAGGUUUUGAUACCUCGUUAUUUGAAGUGUGUAAAAGAUUAAAAUUCUGACAUACAAUGUGGCUCUUGCAAUGUUGAUUCCAACAUAAAAACCUCUAAUUAGAGAACUGUUGAAACUUGUAAUGAUGCUUUUACAUUCAUGUACUUUACUGUAAUUUUACUGUAAAAGUGAAUAAAAUAAAUCUGUAA